UUACAACCAAGCUUACCCCCCUUUCCCCGCAAAUUAGCGGCAUGAAUACGAAUAGAUAAGCACUAAAAGCUACAUGAAGGCAUUGUUUUCGUUGACAACAACGUCGGCUUCACAAACUCGUAUCAGAUACCUACCGGAAAUGACAUCUCCGUUCCUUCAAAUUCUGGAUUCCGCUGAGUCAGACAGAGAAUUUGGUCAUCCUCCUCCAACGAUCCGUGUAAAACAGCAGGCAUGCAAAAUUGACAUUCCGCCUACAGAAAUUACAGACCUCCAAAAUCUAGUUUCAAAAGCUAGACUUGGUCCAGUAACAUUUGAGAACUCACAACCUGAAGUCACCAAAGAAUUUGGACUCACGAGGUCAUGGAUGAGCAAAGCUAUUCAGGCCUGGUCGUCGGAGUCUACUUUCAACUGGAAUAAGAUACAAGACAACAUAAACAGCAUUCCCCAAUUCAUCAGCACAGUGAAUCACAACAACCAUUCAUACUCCAUCCACUACAUGGCACUCUGGUCCCUCCGAGCAGAUGCAACACCAUUAGUAUGCAUCCACGGCUGGCCCGGCUGUUUCAUUGAGUAUCUCGCAGUCGCAAAACUGCUACAAUCAAAAUAUACGCCAGAUACGCUACCGUAUCAUUUUAUUGUACCUUCUUUACCGGGGUAUACGUUCUCAUCCGGGCCGCCGGCAGACAGCAAUGGAGACUUUUCUACCUACGACGUCAGCUGCAUAUUCCGGUCCCUGUUCAUUGACCAACUGGGAUUCGAUCAGAAAGGCUACAUAGUCGCCGGUGGCGAUAUAGGGAGUCGAGUCUGUCGGGCUCUCGCAGUCGACGAUGAGCAUUGUAAGGGAAUCCAUCUAACAUUCUGCUUUGAUUUCGAUAUGCGCAAUUUUCCGCGCCAGGGCCUUAAGGAUAAUGAACUUCGCGAUAUAGAGGCAAUCGAGACAUUCGUCACAGCCGGUGCUGCAUACGCACAAAUGCACGCUACACGAUCCGCAACCAUAGGCUUCGUACUCAGCUCCAAUCCCGUUGCACUCCUGGCAUGGAUUGCAGAAAAAUUUCUAGAAUGGACUGACCUCACUCCCGACAUGGAAACAAUCCUGACAUUCAUGACUCUCUACUGGGUCACUGACACAUUUUCCCGUAGUAUAUAUCCCUACAGACAUGAUUUUGUGCCGAGUGAGGAUGUGCCGUGUCAUGGUGACGGCGCUCGAUGGCUUAUUCCGCGAAGCAAGGUGUUUGGGUUUAGUCAUUUUCCGAAAGAGAUUUUGCCUGUUCCUAAGGCUUGGGUUGAGAGGACUGCAGUUGCUGAGGAGGUGACGUUUUGGAGGGAACAUGAGCAGGGAGGACAUUUUGCGGGUGUUGAGGUUCCGGGGGAUUUGUUGGAGGAUUUGCAGGAGUUUGUUGAGCAUGUUAGGACUCGCAAGUAGAUAGUCUAGAAAAUCCUUUUAGCAAUUCAGUCUAUCGGUCUAUUCAGGUCUG